CUGCAUGGUUUCUGGUGUCUCUUUGGUAGCAGAGCUGUCCGAGAUUAGAGAAGUGCAGUUCUGAGCAUCUUGGGCCAAACAAACCAUUAAGCUUCAGGAUGAGUUCAAUAUUGAAUGACGAGGUUCUUAUUAAAGUUGGACCGCGAGGGGAUAUUCUGACUGGAAAAACAGAAUGGGAUGAAUCAAGUUAUGGAAAUGUGAAGCAGAUCGUUAUAACUCAUGGAAAUGCCAUAAAUUCCAUCCACAUGUUGUAUGACUUGCACGGAAAUUUAGCCCUUGGACACAGGCAUGGAGGGGAUGGAGAUAACAGUGUCUGUAUUAAUUUUGAAUCUUGGGAGUACUUGACAUCCUUAACUGGUUAUUAUGGGCCCAUCGAGCAAAAGGGCCCACCGGUCAUACGAUCGCUAACAUUUCAAACCAACGGGACCACUUAUGGGCCAUACGGUCGAGAAGAGGGUACCCCAUUUCAUUUCAACUUCCAGACGGGCGUCAAGUUUGGUGGAUUUCAUGGACGUUGUAGUAGUAACUAUCUCACUGCCAUCGGUGUAUCCGUUAAGACAAUGGCGAAGCACUAUUUCAAGCCCGAUCCCCCUCGAUAUAACAUCACACCGCAUUUGUGUUCUUCCACGGCAGAGUCGCCAACAUGUGUUCCAACUCCUGUUCCAAGACGCUGACGCUUCGAUUCCUUGUACUCGUGAUAUAAUGUGGUCAUUUAUAUUUGUAAGUAUUUUUACUUAUGAGUUAUAUGUAAUAAUAUGGCUUAUGGAUUUGUCCUGGUUUCUAAAAUUAUAUAUUUGUCUUUGCGUGGCAAGUCAGUACCAAAAGCACAUGUUUUCUUCUGAGGACAAAAGCCUGUACGAUAUUCCCAAUCUGUGUACAUA